UCCGUUCUGAUGUAUUCUUACUUCGAAAAAACUGCUUUCUGUUUUUCAACUCUGAGAUCGCAAACUUUGUGUUCCAUCGUUUCCCAUACAAAUUCUCUCUGUUUCUUUCCUCUUUUUAUAUCUGUAUUAUCUCGGGUUAGUUUUUAUAUUUGGCGGGAAAGAUGUCUGGGAAAGGCGCGAAAGGUUUGAUUAUGGGCAAAACCUCGGCUGCCAACAAGGACAAAGACAAGAAGAAACCCAUAUCUCGUUCUUCCCGAGCUGGUCUUCAGUUCCCAGUGGGCCGGAUCCACCGUCUACUAAAGUCAAGGACCACAGCACACGGGAGAGUAGGAGCUACUGCUGCCGUUUAUUCUGCUGCUAUCCUGGAAUAUUUGACUGCAGAGGUGUUGGAGUUGGCUGGAAAUGCAAGCAAAGAUCUUAAGGUGAAACGUAUUACCCCCAGACACUUGCAGCUUGCUAUCCGUGGUGAUGAGGAACUUGACACCCUGAUCAAGGGAACCAUUGCUGGUGGUGGUGUGAUCCCUCAUAUCCACAAGUCACUCAUCAACAAGUCAUCCAAGGACUAGACCGUAAUGGAUUAUUGCUUGUAGAGAUUUGCCAAGUCUCCAUCUAAGCUGCAUCCCCUUGCCGUGAGCUUGAGUCUAAAACCUUGGAUUUAUGAGUUUCUGCUAUGAUAGUUAGGUCAUGCAUUUAUGAGUUUAAUAAUUUGUUGAAACUUAGGCCUUAUCUUCUUUUAGCUGCUGAACUGGGUUUGUUUUUGGUCUUUUCUUUUCCUUUUCUGAUAUAUGCUGUCGAUAUUGGGCAUUAUUUAGCAGAUUGACCGACAUGUUGGCUGUUGUGUGGUUUAACAUAUAUGACUACCUUGAAGGUUUUUGAUGCAUUGUAAGAUUAGACGUUAUUUUGAGAUGUAGCAAAUAAUAUCAGGAAAUCCGCAUGUAUUCUUGAGUUGCUUUCA